UCUAGCUGAUAUACUGUAGCUGCUCCACACACACUGCUAGACACAGACAGAGAGAGCAGGAGAGAGGUAGAGGUAGAGACAGCUGUGGAGUGAGAUACACAGAACUGCAAGGAGAGAGCAAUAGAGAGAUAGAGUUAGAGUUUGACAGAGAGUUAGAGAGACGGAAAAGAGGCACACACAGCACUCCCCCUCCACUCACCCCUCGUCUUAUCCUCGACCCUUGUCUCCCUUCUUACGACCACCUGAGGCAGAGACACACAGCUCUACCAGCGCAGGGGGAGAGGACUGGACACACACUAACACACACUCAUUUUCUCUCUGUUGAAAGAAGACAGGAAUACACACUUUCUUUUUGUUUUCUGUCUCCGAUUCUACUCUCGUUCUUGGACAGGAAAAAAAGGAUUCCAGUUUGUUUCUUCAGCACAAAGAGUUUUCCUUUAUCCUCCAGAAGCCCUGAGUCACGUUGGGCCUCAUUUCUUUCUCCCUCCGAGAGCUCAGAGCAACAUGGCACAGGGACAAAAGAACCACAGCCACAGCAGGCAGCAGCGGAGGGGACCACUACUCACUAACCCCUUCUCCACCGUGACACUAUCCCUCUCACUGUCCCUCCUCCUCCUCCUCCUCACCUCCCCCGCCUCGGCCGCUGACGAAUACGACUACUACAGCUGGCAGUCGGACAACUUCCACAACGGCCGCUUCUACACCAAGGAGCCGCAGUGCCUGGACAUCCCCGCCGAUUUACGCCUCUGCCACAACGUGGGCUACAAGAAGAUGCGCCUGCCCAACCUGCUGGACCACGAGACCAUGCCCGAGGUCAAACAGCAGGCGGGUAGCUGGGUGCCGCUCCUUGCCAAGCGAUGCCAUGCGGAUACACAGGUGUUCCUGUGUUCCCUGUUUGCCCCUGUGUGUCUGGACAGGCCCAUCUACCCGUGUCGUUCACUGUGUGAGGCCGUGAGGGACAGCUGUGCCCCCGUUAUGGAGACAUACGGGUUCCCCUGGCCGGAGAUGUUGACCUGCGAUAAGUUUCCUAUUGAUAAUGAUCUGUGUAUCCCCAUACAGUUCGCUGGGAACCAGGCCACCCCAGCGCCAGCAUCUAAAGUAUGUCCUCCAUGUGAUAACCAACUGAAAGCUGACAACAUCAUGGAGCAUUACUGUGCCAGCGACUUUGCUAUCAAGAUGAAGAUCAAAGAAGUGAAGAAAGAGAAUGGUGACCGUAAACUCAUCGCCGCUCAGAAGAAGAAGAAGGUGCUCAAGAUGGGUGUCCUGCGUAAAAAGGACUUGAAGAAGCUGACGCUGUACAUAAAGAAUGGAGCCAACUGCCCCUGUGCUCAGCUGGACAACCUUGGCAGUAACUUCCUCAUCAUGGGUCGGAAAGUGGACCAGCAGCUGCUGCUCAUGUCCAUCCACAAAUGGGAGAAGAAGAGUACGGAGUUGAAGUUCGCCAUCAAGUACAUGAAGAGUCAGCAGUGUCCCACCUAUCAUACUGUCUUCCAGUGACCUUACUGAUACAACUAUCACAACCCCAGUCUUCCCCAAAUGUCUCCCCCUCUCCCCUCUAUCCUUCCAGUCAGUUCUCCCCCUCUCCCCUCUAUCCUUCCAGUCAGUUCUCCCUCUCUCCCCUCUAUCCUUCCAGUCAGUUCUCCCC